UUUUGAACUAACUGAACGUUGUAGCGGGCCUAAAGUGAUAUCCGGACAGGUUAUGAAACAUUUGAGGAGCACCAAGGGAUAUUCAUUGAUCCUAAUAUUUUGGGAAAGCUAAAAUCCCAUUUUUACUUCCAUCCUUCCGUUAGCCAUCAUCAAACACAUAUUCUCUCAAAGGUAACAAACACUUUCUCAGUUCUUUACUCAACAAAUUUAUAUACAUAUACUUACAUAGAUCUCUAUAUCUGUAUCAACUCUGUAAGUAAAUCGUUUAUAAAAAUGUAACCCCCAGGUCUUCCAUCUCCGCCCUGAACAAUCAUUUCUCGGCAGGUCUCACUUUUUCAAACUAACACUCACAGACACACAGACACACACACAUACAUACACAAAAGCUGUACGUAUAGUUUAUAAAAUGACAUCAACAGCUCAUCAUAAGAAAACCCUACACUCUAUGCUAGCAAGCAAACUUCACAGCUUAACAAUCCCACAAACAUCAUCAUCAUCAGCCACAGAUCAAGAUUUUGAUUUUGCUGACGUAUUUGGCCCAAAUUCAUCAUCAUCUUCAUCAAACCCUAAUAAUAAUUUAUAUAUAGGUGACCCACAAAUUAUCCACAAUAGGUCACACUCAUUUAUCGGCCCAUCCCCACGUUACACUCUCUCAAAGUCAUUAACUUUUCACCAAGAUUUUGACCCGGAAAGCUCCGGUGAAGACGACGAGGUGAUCGAUGUCGAAAAAGUUGAAAAAGAUGAGGGAUUUGAAGUUGAGGAUAAAAAGGGUGAAUUGGGGUCUAGUUGUCAUAAGAGAAUUGGGCCCGGGGAUUUCGAGAUUAUGAGGGUUAUUGGGAAAGGGUCAUUUGGGAAAGUGUUUCAGGUUAGAAGGAAGGAUAGGAGUGCACUUAACGGUGAGAUUGGAGACGGGAUAUUUGCGAUGAAAGUGAUGAGGAAGGAUACUAUUAUUAAGAAUAAUCAUGUGGAUUAUAUGAAAGCUGAAAGGGAUAUACUUACUAAAGUUGUUCAUCCGUUUGUUGUCCAGCUUCGUUAUUCGUUUCAGACCAAAACCAAGCUGUAUCUGAUUCUGGAUUUUAUUAAUGGAGGGCACCUUUUCUUUCACUUGUACCGGCAAGGGAUCUUCAGUGAGGAUCAAGCACGAGUGUAUACUGCUGAGAUUGUAUCUGCUGUUUCGCAUCUUCACGAGAGAGGGAUAGUGCAUCGAGAUCUUAAACCCGAAAACAUACUCAUGGACUCAGAUGGACAUAUUAUGCUAACUGAUUUUGGUCUGGCAAAGGAAAUUGACGAAUCAAGCAGAUCAAACUCAAUGUGUGGGACUACAGAAUACAUGGCUCCUGAAAUAUUGUUGGCUAAAGGCCACAACAAAAAUGCAGAUUGGUGGAGUGUUGGGAUCCUAUUGUAUGAAAUGCUAACUGGGAAGCCACCAUACACUCAUUCCAACAGAAAGAAACUCCAAGAAAAGAUCAUUAAUGAAAAACUGAAACUGCUACCACGCUUAACCGGGGAAGCUCACUCUUUGCUCAAAGGGUUGUUGCAAAAGGACCCCUCAUCAAGGUUAGGCAGUGGGCCCCGUGGCGGUGAUGAUAUUAAAGGUCAUAAAUGGUUUAGAACAAUUAACUGGAAGAAAUUGGAGUUGAGAGAGUUGCAACCAAAGUUCAAGCCAGAUGUGAGUGGUGAAGACUGCACAGAAAAUUUUGACAAGUGUUGGACUGCAAUGCCUUUAGACGAUUCACCAGCUCCUACACCAACUGCCGGUGAGCAUUUUCAUGGUUACACAUACGUGGCCCCUAACCCUUGGCUUUCAUCUCCUGAAUAAGACCUUGAAGAUGUGAAUCUGCAUCAAAUUUGUCAAUUUACCCACUCUUGAUUGGGAGUAUACACAUUUGUUCCAAAAAAAACGUGUAACAAUUUAAUUCUAUAACAUUUAUUAUGAUGCGAAGGAGAAGUCAUCCUUUUAUGCUAUUUUUGGUUUUACUUUUUGUAGGGAACCCAAUUCUAGUCAACAGUUUAUUCAGCUUUCAGUUUUCUUUGUACAACAGUUUAUGUAAACUCUACUAACUUUUUAGUAAUGUUUUUAUUCCUGUA